AUGGGCAAGCCAUCACAAAAGGCGCUCGGAAAGCGCAAGGCGCCAUCGGCUCCGUCCGGAAGUGCUCCCAAGAAGACCAAGGGCGGCGGCAAGCCCAAGUCUGGCAAGGGCGGCGACGACAAGCCAGCGGCUCCGGAGCGCGAAGUUGGCCCUACGGGAAAGCCCAAGCGCCCCGCGGACCAGCCAAAGAAGAUCAAGCUGCGCGACAAGAAGGUGCUCCCCGUACCCCGUACCGACUUUGACGACCUGAGCGACGAUGAGCUCAUGGACAUGGACCUGGGAGAGGACGAGGACCUGGUCGGUGCUACCGGCUUCCUUAAGAGCCUUGACUCGAGGUCGCUCUCGAGGACGGUCAAGGAGUCGAAGCGUAUCCAUGACCUCGAGAAGACGCGCGAGCAGAUGCCGACCAAGUCCAAGAAGAAGGAGCCCGUGGUCGAGGUCUCUGACCUGUCCGACUACGACUUUGACUCGGAGGUGGACUUUUCGGACGAGGACCUGAGUAAGGCUGGCAGCGACGACGACGACGACGACGACGACGACCUGUCGGGAUCGGACCUUGGUGGCUCCGACUUUGGCUCCAUCUCCGACACGGACGACGAAGACCAGGACGAGCGCAAUGCACUCUACGACGAUCUGUCUGACGAUGACGACGACAGCGAGGACGACGCACCGAAGCAGCGCAAGAAGAAGGCCGCAGAGGAGGAGGCCGAGUACGAGACUACUGGUCGCGCCCGCUGGACUGCGGCUGAGAAGGCUGAGGAGGACGACACUGUCGAGGUUGGCCGACUGCCAAUCAAGCUUCCGACUGGUGAGGUCCAGCUUGUCGAGGGCUCCACGCGCGUGCAGCUUCCCGCAAGCAAGAAGCCCAAGAAGCCUGUGGUCGAGAGCGACAGCGAGGAGGAGAGCGAGGCCGAGUCCGAGGCCAGCGACACUGGCGCCGAGGCCGUGGCAAUGGCUUCCCAGCCUGGCCGUUUCGGCCGCAUGGGUAUCGCUGAGAUUGUCGCCGCCAAGGGCUGGAAGAAUGCGCGCCGUCUCGAGGCCGCCAAGGAGCAGCUCGCCGGCAUCGGUGCCGAAAUCCUUGCCGGCGGCGAGCUCGUGGACAUUUCCCCCGUCCUCACUCGUCUGAGCACGUACGCCCUCCCCACUGUCCCUAACCCGGAAGCCGACACUGAGGGAGCCGCCGCCAACCUGCCUGUUCCCAACUCGAUCCGCGCCAUGGCCCUUCUCUCGCAGCUCGCCGUCUUCAAGGACCUGGCUCCCGGAUACCGUAUCCGUCAGCUGACCGCUGCCGAGGAAGCCGAAAAGGUUCGUGACGAGGUGCGCCGUAUGCGUGAGGGAGAGAAGAUGCUCGUCCGCAACUACAAGGCGUACCUCAAGAGCCUCGAGACGCACGUCAAGCACAAGACUCCACUCAUGAGCGUUGCGCUCAAGUGUAUGUGCGAGCUGCUGUCUUCCAUCCCCCACUUCAACUUCUCCGAGAACAUUAUGGGCGUGCUCGUGGGCCGUAUCGGUAGGAAGGGAUGGGACGGUGACUCUGAGGUUAUCCUCAACACCUUUGUCGCCGUCUUCCGCCAGGACGUUUCGGCCACGUACUCGCAAGCGCUUGUGCGCCUCAUCGCCCGUAUGAUCAAGGAGCGCAAGUUCCAGGUCAACUCGAACGUCCUCUCGUGUCUCCUGCACCUGCGCCUGCGCACCGAGCUCGGCCAGAUGCGCGAUGGCAAGAACAAGCGUGGCCGCGGCGGCCGCGACGGUGGUUCCAAGGACGAGAAGAAGUUCAAGUCGGAUGUCCGCAAGCAGUGGCAGACGAAGAAUGCGCGCAAAAAGGAAAAGGAAAUGAAGGAGAUCCAAAAGGAGAUGGACGAGGCGUCGGCCGAGGUCGACAUUGAGGAACGCGAGGUUGUCCAGACCGAGACGCUCAAGAACCUCUUCGUGCUCUACUUUUCAAUCCUCAAGUGGGACGGCCGCUCCCCCUUGCUCGCUCCUGCGCUCGAGGGUAUCUCGCAUUUCGCGCACAUGAUCAACAUUGACUUUUUCCGGGACUUGCUCGUGGUGCUCCGCCGCAUCAUUGCCGACCGCACACAGGAAGACGCCGAGGAUGGCGAGAACGACGGUGGCGCGAGCGUGCGUAUCCGCAUGCUGGGCAUUGUCACCGCCUUUGACCUGCUGUCUGGCCAAGGUGAGGCCCUCAACAUUGACCUGGGAGACUUUGUCACCGAGCUCUUUGGCCUUCUCCGCCCUCUGGCAGUGGACACUGGUGUCGAGGACCUGCCCAACCUCACCGCCGCGACCGCCGCCGCUGCCGCUCGCCAGUACCGCGCCGGCACGAAGCGCGCGUCCGCCGACCGCCCGCCGGCGCACACCUUGUCGACUGCUGCCCUGUUGUUCCGCUGCCUCGAGUCCGUCUUCUUCCCUCGCAUGUUCGCCGGCGCCGCCAGCGCCCCGCCCCUGCGUGCUGCGGCCUUUGCCAAGCGCCUGUGCGAGUGUGCGCUCACGUUUCCGCCGCACACGUCGCGCGAGUGUCUCGCCUUUGUGCGCCGCCUGGCGUCCCGCGAGACCAAGCUUGCCAACUUGCUCGACACGGAGGAACGCAUGUUUGACGGCGUGUACCGCCCCGACAUGGACGACCCGCAGCUCACCAACCCGUACACGACGUCGCUGUACGAGCUGGACCCGCUCGCCGAGCGCCACUGGGACAACAAGGUCCGUGCAGAGGCCAAGCGCCUCCGUGACGCCAACUUCACCAACGCGGCCAUGUCGUGA